AUGACAGUCAACAUAAUCUAUUUGCAGACUAUUGUCUCUCUUUUACUGUUGCAUUGGUUGUGUAAUAUCUCUCUGUGCAGGUUGGUGGAGAAAGGUGAUUUGAAUCAUGAAGUGCAGGCUUUAUUAUCAAUAAAAGCUGAUCUCUUCGAUCCUCUGAAUAGUCUUGGAGAUUGGAAACUGGCAGACAAUGGGACAGGGAGGCAUUCAGCUCACUGUAACUGGACUGGAGUGUUCUGCAACUCCAUUGGAGCUGUUGAAAAACUUGACCUUUCCCACAUGAAUCUCAGCGGUCGAGUGUCAGAUGAAAUACAACGGCUACAAAGUCUGACUUCUCUCAACUUGUGCUGUAACGAGUUCUCUUUGUCAUUGCCAAGAUCUCUUUCCAAUAUCACAUUGCUGAGGAGCAUUGAUGUGAGCCAGAAUUCGUUUGUUGGUAGCUUACCAGCAGGUUUUGGAAGAGCAGUUGGGCUAACUCUGCUAAAUGCUUCCAGCAACAACUUUUCUGGUUUCCUUCCUGAGGAUCUUGGCAAUGCAACCUCAUUGGAGACACUCGAUCUGAGAGGAAGUUUCUUCCAAGGUUCCAUUCCAAAAUCUUUCAAGAACUUGCGUAAGUUGAAAUUUCUUGGCCUUUCUGGAAAUAAUCUAACUGGCAAGAUACCGGGGGAGCUUGGGCAGAUUUCUUCAUUGGAGACCAUGAUUCUUGGGUAUAAUGAGUUUGAGGGUGAAAUCCCAGAAGAGUUUGGGAAUCUUACCAGUCUUAAGUACCUUGAUUUGGCUGUUGGCAAUCUUCGUGGUCAGUUUCCUGCAGAAUUGGGAAGGCUUAAGCUACUGGAAACAGCUUUUUUGUACAGGAACAAGAUUGAAGGAAAGAUCCCACCAGAAAUUGGGAACAUUACCUCAUUGCGCUUUCUGGAUCUAUCUGAUAACAUGUUGUCUGGAGAGAUCCCAGCUGAGAUAGCUUCAUUGAAGAAUUUACAGCUCUUGAAUCUGAUGUGUAAUCAGUUAUCAGGUCCAGUUCCUGCUGAACUUGGAGGGUUAACCCAAUUGGAAGUGCUUGACCUGUGGAACAACUCUCUUUCGGGGCCAUUGCCGAAUGAUCUUGGCAAGAAUUCCCCAUUGCAGUGGCUGGACAUUUCUUCCAACUCCUUCUCUGGUGAGAUCCCCACAAGCUUGUGCAAUGGAGGCAACCUCACCAAGCUUAUUCUCUUCAACAAUGCCUUUUCAGGUCCAAUUCCAGUUAGCUUAUCAACUUGCUUCUCCAUUGUCCGUGUUCGAAUGCAGAAUAAUCUACUCUCUGGAGCUAUUCCCAUUGGAUUUGGCAAACUUGCGAAGCUUCAAAGAUUAGAAUUGGCAAACAAUAGUCUCACAGGUGGAAUCCCAUAUGAUAUUGCUUCUUCUACAUCACUUUCUUUUAUUGACCUUUCUAGAAAUCACCUCCGGUCUUCUCUCCCUCCCACCAUUCUUUCCAUUCCUAAUCUACAAACUUUAAUUGCCUCAAACAAUAACUUAGUAGGUGAAGUUCCAGAUCAAUUUCAGGACUGUCCUUCUCUUUCUGUCCUUGAUCUCUCAUCAAACCAUUUCACUGGAGUAAUUCCAGCAAGCAUUGCCUCAUGUGAGAAACUGGUAAAUCUGAACCUCAGAAAUAAUCAGUUGACUGGAGAAAUCCCAAAAGCAGUUUCAACAAUGGCUAUGUUGGCCAUUCUUGAUCUGUCCAACAACUCCUUAACUGGUGGAAUACCUGAAAAUUUGGGCACCUCCCCAGCCUUGGAAGUGAUGAAUGUCUCCCACAACAAGCUAGAGGGUCCUGUUCCUGACAAUGGUGUGCUCAAAACAAUAAACCCAGAUGAUCUUGCAGGCAAUGCAGGUCUCUGUGGUGGAGUUCUACCUCCUUGCAACCACUAUUCACCAACUACAUUCAAGCAGAGGAGCUUGCAUAAUCACGUUGUUGCAGGAUGGCUCAUCGGUAUUUCAUCAGUUCUAGCAAUUGGACUUGCAGGUAUCACUGCACGAUCUCUCUACAAAAAGUGGCAGUCCAACGGCUGCUGGUAUGAAGACAGGUACAACACCAGCAAGGGAGAGUGGCCAUGGAGAUUAAUGGCAUUCCAAAGACUCAAUUUCACAACUUCUGACAUUCUCCCCUGCAUUAAAGAGUUGAAUGUAAUUGGAAUGGGAGCAACUGGAGUUGUUUACAAGGCUGAGAUGCCUCAGCUAAACACAGUUGUGGCUGUGAAAAAGCUAUGGAGAUCAGGUACUGACAUUGAAGCAGGAAACAGCGGUGAUUUUGUAGGGGAGGUGAAUCUCCUAGGCAAGCUAAGGCAUCGAAAUAUUGUUCGAUUAUUAGGAUUUCUUCAUAAUGAUACUAAUAUGAUGAUAGUAUAUGAAUUUAUGCACAAUGGCAAUCUCGGAGAAGCCUUGCAUGGCAAACAAGCAGGCAGAUUGCUUGUAGACUGGGUUUCAAGGUACAAUGUAGCACUUGGAGUUGCACAUGGGCUUGCUUAUCUCCACCAUGAUUGCCACCCUCCAGUAAUUCACAGAGAUAUCAAGUCAAACAAUAUACUUAUUGAUGCGAAUCUCGAGGCAAGAAUCGCUGAUUUUGGAUUGGCAAGGAUGAUGGUUAGGAAGAACGAGACUGUUUCCAUGGUAGCAGGAUCUUAUGGAUACAUAGCUCCUGAAUAUGGAUACACCUUGAAAGUAGACGAAAAGAUAGACAUCUACAGCUACGGAGUGGUCCUAUUAGAGCUUCUAACAGGGAAGCGACCUCUAGAUCCGGAGUUUGGAGAGUCUGUAGAUAUUGUUGCAUGGAUUAGAAGGAAGAUAGGAGACAACAGAGCACUAGAAGAGGCAUUAGAUCCAAGUGUAGGCAAUUGUAAACAUGUACAAGAAGAGAUGCUGCUAGUUCUUAGAAUAGCUCUUCUUUGUGCUGCAAAGCUCCCCAGAGAUAGACCGUCCAUGAGGGAUGUCAUAACCAUGCUCGGAGAGGCAAAACCUCGAAGAAAAAGCAAUAGCAACAACGAUGGACAUACAACUAACAAAGAGGUUCCAGUUUUCAGCACCUCUCCUGUUAAUGGCCUUGUGUAGGAAGAACAAAGGACGAGUUUCCUACAGGCCACUCGAAUAUUUUGUUCAAUUAUUAAUUGUGUAUGUAGAGCUGCCUUUGUCAAUGUUCUGUAAUUACUGAUACAUAUGGCUAUCUAGCAUGUUAAUGGUAUAUGACAUUGAUUUCUCCUUGCAAAUAAAAUCAUGUCAAUCUGGGGAAGGCCAGACUUUUUGGUCCAGUAUCCAUCCCUACAGACUUCAUUGACUUCAAUUUCUGGGUUCAAAUUAU